CAUAAUAUAGUUUAGUUCUUUUUUAGAGCAGUAUCUAGCUAAAUGUACUAAAAUGGUCAAAUUAUUAGAUUUAGGUAAAUUCUCAUAUUUUAGCAUAAACAUGUAUAAGUGUCUGUUUGGUUUUUACUCAACCAGACUGGCUACAAAUGCAUUCUGAUGCUACAGUUUCAAAUUUUUGUGAUUUUUCCUUUUUAAAGCAUAAGUUAGAGGUACUUUAUGUAAUCAUAUGGGUUUCUAAUUACUUACUUUAUUUACUUUACAUUUAACCCUCAUUUACUCAGGCAGAAUAAUUUACUCUCAAUUUUCUUACGUCCAUCAUCCACCAGGACCUUCCUGUUAGUCAAUACCAAAAUAAUUAUGCAUUUUUCAUUGAGGAAGGCCUUAUAAAGUACGAGAUUGUAUUGUUUGGUAAACAGAAAAGCAGUGGUUAGAAGUACUCUGAUCUGGAAACUAUGUACUUUUUUGGAAUGUCACGAGGAUAAUGCAAAAUGUUUCAUGCCAACUAAAAGAAAGUAAAAUGUUAUCAAAGUUGUUAUUGUAAUGUAAAAUGUCUUAAAACAAACAGCCCUUACCAUCUAUCUGGAAUUAUGCAUACCAAGUUUUUUUCUAUUUGUCAAGUUAAACCUAUAAGCUUCAAUGUUUUUUUUUCUAAUUAAAAAAAAUAGAAGGAGGGGCUUUUUUGCAACCCUCCCAAUAGCCUUGGAUGGCUGACAUACACAAAGUAAGAAUGGUACAAAUUUGGCCCCAAGGCUGAGAUAAUUGAUGCUGAUAAACAUUUUUUUCUGGGUGAAAAAUCUGACUGAUGUAAGUUAUUUUAUACUUGAAAUGAUUAGUAUAACACAAACUAUUAUUUGUUUCUGAACCCCACUUUUUGAUUUUACUUUAUUUCCCUAUAGUUUGUUAUUCCCUUUACAUUGUGCGUUCAACAUUUUUGUUUUCAUCAGCACUUCCUGUCUUAGCUUAAUUUACUGAAUAGGGACAAGAACUAUUCAGGGAUUCAUUUCAAAGAAGACUUGGGCACAUCAGUUCAUGAAACUUGGCUAAAUAAAGCAAUUGUGUUUAAAAUAAAAAUGGACCCUUACUGUAUCUCAUUCUUGAUUAGUUUUUAUUAGAACCAGAUAACCUUUUUAACUUUUACUUUUUGCCCAUGAGGCAAAAGGUUUAGUCACAGUUGAAACACAAAGAAGGAUAUUCUUGAAGAAUUGUGAUAGAGCGAAAAACCACUGAUAAUGUUAGGAAGAGUGAUUUAUCAAAAAGAAUAACUUACAGAACUGCAGAAUAUAGACAGUAUACACAAAGAACCGCAGAAGCAACGGCACAAAUCAAAGACCCAUAGAAACCAGAUAACACAAAAUAACUCAUCAACAUAAAGACGAGUUGUAAAAUAGAGUAGAAACUUAUCAGCAGAUAAUAACUAAGGGCCACAACAAAAGGGAUAUUAUGACAGUUUCACCACUGUAAAACCAGUUUUCACACCAUGAACAGCUGGUCUAAAGGGGUGUGUCUUUUCUAUGAACAUGCACGUCAAGAACGUUGCAUCUAAAGGCAUGCCAGUAAUUCUUACUUGGAUCUUAGUCUUUUGGUGCCAUUUUAGCUUAGCACUAUGCUUUAAUUUGAGCAAAUUCAACCAUAGUUCAGAUGGUAUGUUUAGGGUCUUUAUUCUAGCGGAAAGUGGAUCUCCACCACACUCUAAAGGUUUUUGAAUCCUCUAAGAGGUUUUCUUCCAGGAUUGCCCUGUUUUUAAUAUGUUUCAUCUUCUUAUAAACCACUUUUCUUUCUCUACCAAAUCGCACCUUUCUACAGCAUCAUGCUGCCUCUGUGUUUCACAGUUUGCCCAGUUGUUCAAAAAAACCGAGAACACAGUUAGCAGCUGCACCAUGUUCCUCUGCAUCAGUGCUAUGAGAGGUAUUCAAAGCUUUAGAUAUGGCCACAUCCAGUGGUUUUCUGUCUGAGGAUCAGUUCCUGUGCUCCAUCUGUCUGGAUGUCUUCAAUGAGCCUGUUUCUACUCCAUGUGGACAUACCUUCUGCAAGGCAUGUCUGAACAGGCACUGGGAAGGAAAGCAGGGACGUCAGUGUCCUAUGUGCAACAACAAAUUCAACAAGGACCUCAAACUCUCCGUCAAUAACUCAUUCAGGGAGAUUGUGGAGGCUUUUAAGAAACCUCGUGUGACAGCUGAAGCUACAUCCUCAGGAAAACCUCGUGAAGUGUUAUGUGACAUUUGCUCAGUAAACAAGAUCCGAGCCUCAAAAACUUGCUUGGUGUGUUUAAGCUCUUUUUGUGACAGACAUUUAGAGCCUCAUCUAAGAGUGGCUGCCUUGAAAAGACACAAACUUUCAGAUCCUGAUCCUGACCUGGAGGAGAAAAUAUGUAAGGAACACAACCAGAUUUUUGAGUUCUUCUGCUUGAAUGAUCACGUCUCUUUCUGUGCCUUGUGCACAGAACAUAUUGAUCAUUUCAAGGUCCGUUUGAAUGAAGAGUAUGUAGAUCAAAGAUCUCACAUCCAAAUGAGAACCUGGAAUGAACCGAAAAUUAAACAUGAAAACAACAGAAAAUCGCAGAGUAGAAGGAAUAGUAAAGUUGGAAGACCAGAGAAUGUGACUGCUCAGGAAACAAUCGACCCACAUCAGGUUAACGGAUGUAACUGUAUGUAUCAUAAUCCUGGCAUCCUCAGAGGGAAACAUUUUUUUGAAUGUGAUGUCAAUGGAAGAGAAGGAUGUGAUUUGGCAGCUGUUAGAAUUUCAGCUUUGGGAACAUUCCCACCAAAGUGGGAUGAAAACUGCAUUGUAAGGUUUAGCAUUGCGAGAAGCACUAAAAGAUUGACAGUGCUUUUAGAUUAUGAUGUUGGCCUUGUUCUUAUCCUUGAUCCAGAUAAUGAGAUCCUGAUGCAUAAAUUUAUAGGCAGCACAUUCAAUGAGCCAAUCAUACCAUUGUUUAUCCCUAGCCAAAGUAAGCCUUCAUACAGUGUACAGAGCUUAAAGAGGAGACUUCAGGAGAUCAAGGAUAAUUCCUAUUUCUGGGCUGGUUUGGUUGCAAUACUGAUACUGCUUUACAAAUUCGUUUAUCUGUAAAGCAGGCCAAGUUUGUGAGAUUCAAAUAGGAGUUUACUGAGGCUGGACAAACACAAGCUGUAUGUGUAGUCUGUAAUAAGAUCCCUUGAUUAAGUAAAAUAUUUAGAAUACUUACAUCGUUUAUUUUUCAUUUAUGUUUAUUGCAAGAAGCUACUCUAUAUAACCAUUGAAAUCAAAUACAUGUUAAGGUGGUAAGGACUUACUAUACUUUAGUUCUGUUAGCAAAAAAAUUUUUUUUAAAGUCUGCAUUUUGUUAAAAGGUUAUACAACUUUGCAUAUUUUUAAUUGUUUGGGCAAUGUAUUAAAUAUGUUGAUUUUAUUUAGCUACUUUGAAUAGUGUUUCCAUGUAUUUUGUGUGUCAUUGCAUUAGAGUGAUAAGUAAUUCGAGUGAUAAGUAAGUCAGAGUACCUAAUAAUUCAGCCGACACAACUAUCCCUGAAUUUUCUCCAGAAGCACCAGUAGUAAAGCACACAUGUAUAACUCUUAAUGGUGAAAAAAAAAAACCCAGGGGAAAAGCAAAAGUCUAAAAUUGAGAAGGAGCAUCUGAGUGGGAGUUGUUGAAUCAGAGACUGGUGACAGAAUCUGAGGAACAGGCUUAAAUCCGUAGUUAGGACUCAAAAACAAAGUCAGGUGUGGAGAGGCAAAUACAGUAGAGGCAGACAAUUAAGGGGGGCAGUAAUCAGGAGGCAUAGAAAAGUCAGAUGUCCAAAGAUCAGAAACCAGGAGAAUAUCUGACGAUAGCAGGGCAGAACAGGAAAAUCUAGGAGACAAAAAACUUGGAA